AUGGUGUGGAACCAACUCAGACUUGACUGGUACAUGAUGUGGAACAGACUCAAACUUGACUGCAAUAUAGCAUGGAGCAGACUUAAACUGGAUUGGGACAUGGCGUGGAGCAGGCUGAGCCGUGGCUGUGACAUGGUGUGGAGCAGACUCAAGAGUGGGAGGCUUGGAAACCGGGUUCAGGGAGGAAGUAGAUGUUUCCUGGUGAGCACAGUGUGUCUUGGGCUCAUAUGUGUUCUUCUGGUGAUCACCAUUAUAGUGCAACAAAUGAAGAUCACAUCAGAUAGAGAAAUAAAGCUGAACUAUAAAAACAUGGCUGAAGAAUUUAAUGAAAAAUUAAACAGGUUGCAAGUCAAUUACAGCGAUCUAACUAUUGAAAAGGACCAAUUGCAGAGCAGCUUCAACUCUUUGGAUCAGAAGAAACUGGAGUUGGAGACCAGAGUCAACAGUCUAACUAUUGAAAAGGACCAAUUGCAGAUCAGCUUCAACUCUUUGAAUCAGAAGAAACUGGAGUUGGAGACCAGAGUCAACAGUCUAACUAUUGAAAAGGACCAAUUGCAGAGCAGCUUCAACUCUUUGAAUCAGAAGAAACUGGAGUUGGAGACCAGAGUCAACAGUCUAACUAUUGAAAAGGACCAAUUGCAGAUUAGAUUCAACUCUUUGAAUCAGAAGAAACUGGAGUUGGAGACCAGAGUCAACAGUCUAACUAUUGAAAAGGACCAAUUGCAGAGCAGCUUCAACUCUUUGGAUCAGAAGAAACUGGAGUUGGAGACCAGAGUCAACAGUCUAACUAUUGAAAAGGACCAAUUGCAGAUCAGCUUCAACUCUUUGAAUCAGAAGAAACUGGAGUUGGAGACCAGAGUCAACAGUCUAACUAUUGAAAAGGACCAAUUGCAGAGCAGCUUCAACUCUUUGGAUCAGAAGAAACUGGAGUUGGAGACCAGAGUCAACAGUCUAACUAUUGAAAAGGACCAAUUGCAGAUCAGCUUCAACUCUUUGAAUCAGAAGAAACUGGAGUUGGAAAGGAGGAAAAAACAAGUUUGGUUCUUCAUAUCCAGUGAGGAGAAGAGCUGGUCUGACAGCAGACAGUUCUGCAGGGAUCGUGGUGGAGAUCUGGUCAUCAUCAACACUGAAGAGGAACAGAGGUACGUCAGUUCAUUGGUCAACGGGAGAGUGUGGAUUGGUUUGUCUGACAUCGAGAAUGAGGGCAACAUGAAAUGGGUGGAUAAUUCACCACUGAAGAAAGGGUUUUGGAACACAGAUGAGCCAAAUGACAAGGGAGGAACCGAGGACUGUGUUGAAGUGCUUUCUUCAAACCCCUUCCAGAGCAACUGGAAUGAUCUCCCAUGCUCAGAGAAGAGAAGAUGGAUUUGUGAGAAUUAG